AUGAGUGGAAAGUUUGUUCGUGCGUCCAAGUAUAGGCAUGUCUUCGGUCAGGCAGCCAAGAAGGAGUUGCAAUAUGAAAAUGUUCGGGUUACAAACAACGCUUGGGACUCUAACUUGAUAAAGAGUAAUGGUAAGUAUCUCUCAGUUAAUUGGAACUCCUCUGGUGGUGGUGCAUUUGCCAUUGUACCAGUUAGUGAGCCAGGCAAGCUUCCAGAUCAAGUGCCACUGUUUAGGGGUCAUACCGCGCAAGUCCUAGAUACCGACUUUGAUCCAUUUGAUGACAACAGGGUUGCCUCUUCUUCUGACGAUGGUAAGAUUGGUAUCUGGGAUAUCCCACAGGACUAUUCAAUUUUGAAAUCUGGUGAUAAUGAAGAAAUAAAGGACAUUGAACCAACUAAAUUUUUGACCGGCCACAGCAGGAAAGUUGGUCAUAUUUUGUAUCACCCAACUGCUAAGGAUGUGCUUGCAUCCUCUUCAUUGGAUUAUACUGUCAGAAUCUGGAAUGUAGAGACUGGUGAGGACAUUUACAAGUUGAAGCAUCCGGAUAUGGUUACUUCAAUGUCCUUCUCCUAUGAUGGUACACAUCUAGCCACUGUUGCCCGUGAUAAAAAGUUGAGAGUUUGGAAUGUUAGAGAAGAGAAGGUCGUUAGCGAAGGUGCUGCUCAUGCUGGUGCUAAAAACCAAAGAGUUGUCUGGUUAGGUAAUUCUGAAAGAUUAGCCACAACUGGUUUUUCCAAGCUAAGUGAUCGUCAAAUCGGUAUUUGGGAUGCUUUUAACUUAGAAAAGGGUGACUUGGGUGGAUUCUAUACAGUUGAUCAAUCUUCUGGUAUUUUGAUGCCUUUCUAUGAUGACGGAAACAAGAUACUGUACCUAGCUGGUAAAGGUGACGGUAAUAUUCGUUAUUAUGAAUUUCAAAAUGAUGAGUUAUUUGAGUUAUCUGAAUUUCAAUCCAUUGAAGCACAAAGAGGAUUUGCUGUCACUCCAAAGCGUUUAGUUAACAUUAGGGAAAAUGAAGUGAUGAAAUGCUAUAAGACUGUAGGUGAUCAACGUAUAGAACCAGUAUCUUUCUAUGUGCCAAGAAGAUCGGAAGAAUUUCAAGAAGAUAUUUAUCCAGAUGCACCUUCUAAUAAGCCUGCUCUAUCUGCUGAUGAGUGGUUUUCUGGUAAAACCACCGAAGGCCCAAUAUUGGUUAGUAUGAAAUCUCUUUAUGACGGUGCUGAGCCUGAACUACAUCAAUCUCACAAGGCAGAGGCAACAGUUAAAGUGGUGCCAGAACCUGCAAUUAAGAUUGAGAAGAAAAAACCAGCCGAGAAACCAGUUGAAAAGGAGCCUACACCUGAGCCAGAGAAACCUAAAACAGUAGGUAAUGCUAAUGAAGUAUUGAAAUCUGAUAACUCCAUCGAUAAGUUGUUACAAAAGUCUUCAGAUUUGGACAUGACAAAUAAUGUGGAAGAUCCAUCUAAGGAUACAUCUGGUUGGGACGAAGAAGAUGAUAAACCAAUUUCAGUUAACGUUGACUCUACUGCGUCAAGUACCGUUGACAAAGUCGAUGUAAACAUUCAAAAAGAACAAGAACCAAAGAAGAGCGAAGAAUCAUCAAAAGUCCCAACACCUGUAAAGUCAUCGACUCCCGAACCAGUUAAAACUGAGAUGCCAGUUUCUAAGAUCACACCUACCAAGGAAAAUAAAACUAUGGAACCUGUCAGAGAGUCUACACCUGUUACUGAAAAGGCCUCUACUGAGAAAGAAUCUGUAUCUACACCUAGGUCCACAAGCAGUAAGGAUGAAGCAGCAACACCAGGAAAAUCAGCUAAGUCUCUUGGAUUGAAGCAGUCUGUAGAGAAGCUCUCAGAAUUAGUUUUGAAAUUGCAACAAACCGUUGAUGAUUUGAGAGAAUCCAAUUUACAAAAGGAUGAUCGCUUGAAGGCUCUUGAAGAAAAGAUCGACUCACUACUAAAGAAAUAG